UCUAGAACUAUAGAUCCAGGUGUUGGGGCUAAUAUAUGAACUGGUAAACAACUUGCUUUAUCCUGUAAAAUUAUACAACUUGAUUUAUAAGCCUGAUGUUGGUAAAACUCAGUUUUUGGUGGAAAUAUCAGUAAAUCAGUGAAAUGAAUUCAAAAAUUGAAAAAGAUAAAGCCAAACAACUGCAAGAGAAAUGCCAAUCCGUUCUCAAUAGUCUGUUAAGAGAUGAAGAUAACAAAUAUUGUGUUGACUGCGACUCGAAAGGACCAAGAUGGGCUUCUUGGAAUAUAGGGGUAUUCCUAUGCAUAAGAUGUGCAGGUAUCCAUAGGAACUUGGGUGUGCAUAUUUCAAGAGUUAAAUCAGUGAAUCUAGAUACUUGGACUCCAGAACAAGUAGUAUCUCUCCAACAAAUGGGAAAUUCAAGAGCAAGAGCUGUAUAUGAAGCUAAUUUGCCUGAUAGUUUUCGAAGACCUCAAAAUGAUUCAAAUUUGGAGUCUUUUAUUCGGGCUAAAUAUGAGCACAAAAAGUAUAUUGCAAGAGAAUGGGUCCCAGCUCCAUUACCUAAGAUAAAUUGGGAAAAAGAAAUUGAAGAAGAGAUGGAAAAACAGAAACGCAAAACAAAAACUGUACUUGAGAAGAAACCUCUACCAGCUGUGGAAGUUCCUCAACUGCCGAAGCCCAAAAACCCAAGUCCUAAACCAAACAGAAUAAUUAAUACUGAAAAAGCAGACCAUGACUUACUUGUAGCCCAGAAUGGAGAAGAUUUCAGUGGCUUCUUUUCUUCCGUUCCAAAACCUGAAGAAGCGAAGGAAGAAGUGAAAACUGAUAUUAAAAGCGAAGAAGAAAGUUUUUUCAAUCAAACACUACCAACUGAGAAAGAAAAAGUACAGCUGUCUAAAGAUAGCAUUAUGAAGCUGUAUUCUUCCAUGCCGAUGAAUAAUUUCAACCAGUUUCAUAAUCCUCUAGGUCAACCUGCCUAUCAGGCCAAUAUACCAGUUCAAAAUUCCUUCCAAAAUUUUGGAUGCUUUCCUCAACAAGCCUAUCCCAUACAAAACGGAAUGGCCCCCCAAUAUUCUGGACAGCAAUUUGCCAACCAAUGCAUAAGUCAGCAGUUUCCCCUCCCAAACCAAAUGCAGGUCCCGGUAGGUCACAUGACCCAUCCUCCUUUUCAAGUUCCACAAAAUCAGUUCACAAAUUUUCAGAGCAAUCUUCAGAUGACCAUGUCAAAUCAACUGAGUCAUUUUGGACAGAACUACCAACCUCCGCAAUCCUCUUUCCCGCCAAAUCAGCCAAAUUCAUUUGCUGGGUCACAAACUCUUAACCAACAAUUUGGAAAGAUGAAUCUUAAUGGUCAACCGUCAAGCAAUACUAUGCCUGGCAUGACUACAAAUAUAUGGCCCUAAUUGAUUGGUAUUUUUAUUUAUUGAACUGAAAUUUUUCCUAUUUUAUUUAGAGCUUAUUAAGAGAAAUAUGUUUAGAUGAUAUUACUUUUUAUAUUUUGAGAAACGAAAUUUCAGCCCAUGAAAAAUGUGACUAUUAAAAUUAUUCUGUGCAAUUGAAAAUUUAUUUCCAUUUAUUUAGCAUUUAGUGGUAUUAUGGCAUUGAAAUUACAAAUUUUUCUUGUAAUUAAGAAAAUAUCCUUUUAUUAACCAGCUCCCAUGAAGAAGUUGGUUAACUAAACCCUCAAUAGUAUUUUAUAGUUUAAUGUUAUACAAAUUUUUUUAUAUUUAUUAUUAUUUUAAAAUAUGAAAUUAACUUACAAUGAGAUUUAUCAAAAAUGUUUGAAAACUUCUCGCUUUUUAGCGAGGUUUGGUUUUGUACCUGACAUUGCGCCUAUGAUAGACAUCUUCAGGAAUUUCUAGGUAGUAGAAAUUCAACACUAGAAUGUUCCGAACUGUUUUGGACAUUCCAGUGUCAAGGAAUUUUCACUCUUAUAAUAAAAUUCAUGUUAACAACUAUUGACGAAUUCUGAGAAGUUAUGUAGAAACUCGUAUUCUUCCAAAGUAUACCCCCAUCCUUUCAAAUUGAAAAUUUGUAUAAUUUUAAGAAAUUAGCUGUAGGUACGGCUAAAGGGCUAUUACUAUAUUACCAUUUUCUAGAUAGGUUAUAACUUUACGACUUAUUUCUAAUUGGCAAUGAUGAAUAUAGGUAGAAAUAACUAAAAUAAAAUUCUGUCCAAUUUCAUAAAACAGCAUUUCCUAAUUUGAUUACUACAAUGUUAUUGGUUUUUGCGAAACCAAAUUCAGCGACUGAACACAUUCCUCAAAAUUAAAAUAACUUGAUUUCCUCAAUUUUUUUUCUUAACACAAAAAUUGUCGCUUCAACUAAAUAAAUGUUGACCUCUACAGGUGAGUAUGGAUACAGUAACCAUACUAACAUGAAAUAAUUGACGAAACAAUUUCAAUCAAUAUCAAGAAGAUGAAUAUUCAUAAAGUAGAGACCAAAAACAGUCAAACGAAUUCAGUACUAGCACACUACUCUUGGGUAAUUAAACAUUCAAAAACGCUUGAUAGAUACAUACAUCACAAUAAAAAAACCACAAAGUGCCUGUAUUUCUGAUGAUUUCUUUUGAAUGAACAAAUACUUAAAAUAUCCAGAACGAAAUGUUGGAGCGUGGAGGUAGAAAUUGAUUGGCCAAUGAAACCAAUUUUGUUUUAGAAUAAUGAAAAUAUGCUCUAGUAUCCUAUCAUAAUACCCCUAAAUGCAAAUAAUUUAUAACAUUCUGGUAGAAUAGAAAUUAUUGUUCACAUUUACAGGUGCAAAGGUUUUAAUGAAUACAAAUUAUUUAUUUGCUCCUUCAUUCAUCUACUAAGUGCAAUAUCGGAAAUAAAUUAAUACAAAUCGAGUUAUUCUUGACCAAUUCAUAUGUAUAUAAAUUUGGAACCAAAUUUUCUUCAUGAGGGUACCUACAUUUUUAUUUUUUUUACAAUACAUAUUUUCAGUUCGAGGAAUAACUAAAUAGUUGAUCAAUUUUUGUGCUUUGAUAGUAUCAUAUCAAUCAAGGUACCAAUAUUAAGACAUAUUGUUUUGAGGAUCUCUUAUAUUUACGCCUAUAUUAAUUGUAAAUCAUUUCAGUGUACCAUUAUUACAAAUUCUAUAUAACACAAACAAUAAUUAUCGAAAUUUAUUUUGUAUGAAAUUCAAUAAUUUUUAUACUUAAUAUUUACUUUCGAAAAGUAUGAAAUACUUAAGGAGAUGUAACUUUUACCUGCACAAUCUUUAUUUUUUUAAUAAUACAAUUCAGUGAGCUUGUAUAGUUACCUGUGUAAUUCUUUCAAAAGUCCAGGCAAUGUUGAAGUAAUUAUCGAAAUUAAUCAUGAAAAAUUCGUUAUAUGGUGAAUACAAUUAAUAACAAUUCCUAUUAUAUGUACUUUGUGUAUGGACUUGAUUUCAUGGAUUUAAUCCACUAUCGCAACUUUGUUGAAGGCUUCAUCAAGAUUUUGAUUAGUUUGUUAUUGUUCAACUUUUAGCACGAAAUACUUUUUCAAAUUAAAUUUGGCAAGACUAGUGGUAUGUAAAUAAUUAAUAUUGAACAGAAAUUUCCUAGAUUGAAAUACAUGUCCUACCUGACUCGUUGAAUACCUCAUACACACAUCAAAUCUGUUAUAAAAAUAUUCAAAUUUGUAUUUAUAUGUAAUUAAAAUAAAAUUCACGAAUUAUUA